AUGGCCGAAGAAUUCCACGAAUCCGACAUCGUAUUCGCCGACCAUCACCGCCGCCAACGUCGCCGCCAUUUUUUCCACCCUUCACUCGACUACACCCAAAUCCUCGUUACAACCCAUGGGAACUCAAGAAACAACACCAACGACGACGGCGACGACAACAACAACAAUAACAACAAAGAUUUCAUCGCUUCUCUCCCCGUCAAAAUCCCAGAAACCGUUUUCCGUUACACUUCCGACAUGGAGGAGCUGGACGAGGAAUGGGACAGUGAAGACAACAAUAUAGUACCACCGCACGUCAUCAUAGGGCGCCGCGUGGCCGGAAAAAUGGCUUUCUCCGUCUGCACCGGCAACGGUAGGACGCUUAAGGGAAGAGAUUUAAGUCAAGUUCGAAAUUCUAUUCUCAGAAUGACCGGAUUCCUCGAAACUUGA